AGCAGACGCAGUCUCGUGAGUUGCCGUUAUGUGAGCGUUUACGGGCGAUCGAACCGCGAUGGUUCAAGCGAGGAAGAGGAAGGGAGAAAAUGAGAAAGAGAGAGAGAGAGAACGAAACGCGCCGGGAAAAAUAUAGCCGGCGAAUAUCGAGAGAGAGAGAGCGAUACCGUAUAACUCCGACAGUGCGAAAUGAAGUUGCAUAAGAUGCGACGAGCGUGUGAAAAAUAAGACUCUUCGGGCGAUCGGCUACUUGUCUUUUUUGGCCUGAUAUUCAUUCUUUUGACGAGAAAAGAUAGGACGCACGGCAUCAUGCGUUAUUCCGCCUGUGCACGUUGCAUUCCACCCGUCUUUAAAACGCUACUUAACGAAGUUAAUUUUAAUUAUUGUUAGAUUAAUUCUCUGGUUAAUCGUGAAGGAUUUUAUAGUCUUUAGGAUUUUAUUUUAUUCAUUUCUCUCUUUCGCGCGCACGCUGGGGUUUUAUUAUUUAUUGAUUAUUUAAAGAAAGAGGAGAGCACACUGUAAUCUGUCAUUAUGACACCCGAACACGUGAAUGUGCGAUCCGGAAACGAAUAUGUACGAUUACAAAAUACCGGUAAUCUAAUUAUUCUACGCGUUAAGGUUAUUCCGCCGAUUAGCGCGCGCGUAAACGUUGUCGCGUCGCGCUAUCAACGGCAUAAUCUACGGUAAUGAAAAGCGGGAGCCGUUGCCGCCGCUCCAGUUGACUCUCCGGAUCCGAAUUCAGUGACUCCCGCGGUCGCGCGCGCAGUUUCAUUUUUGCGCGAGAGCGAUGGAGUCGGAUGAAAUUAGAGUUCGUAGACGCCAAGUUUCGCACGACGACGAGAAUUAGGGGGAAAUAUCGAGAUGAAAGGCAUUGUUUCGCGAGUUUGCGUAUCCAAUUGUGUAUCUGCAGGAUCGUAUCAGCAAGGGCAAUUAGUGCAUUGUAUUAAUUUACGACGGAUACAGCAUUGCUUUAAUUAAAACAAUUGCAGCGGUAGCUCGCUGCCUCCCCUCGCCGGUAUGACACGCAAACUCGAAAAUUAGCGUGAACGAGUAGUCGGGACACCACAGCCGCCGCCACCGCUUCACCAUCGCCAUCGCCGCGCUCGCGCUCGAUUCCCGUAAUUGCCCGCGUCUUGUCUUCCGUGAAUUGUUUAAGGUGGCCGCUAACGACGAUCUUCGGGUCAGCGUCGUUAUUCGGGCCAAUAAAUCGAACACGACGAUCGACGAGUUCCACGGAAGAACGGGAACGUAACGAACCGACGUUCUGACCGAGGGGGCACGCCCCCCGUCAGAGGAAAAUUACGAUUUUCCUCCGCGAAUUCGCAGAGUGAUGAACUCGCGUCGAAAUUUUCUUUCGGUGUUAACCCUAUAAAUUUUCUCGAACUCGGGAACACCCUGUACAAGUUAUUGCUCCAAUCUGAUAAUACACAAACGCUUAUGUAAUGCAAUUAUUUUUAUCCAUGUUGAACCGCUCUUAAAAAAGGACUCGUUUCGGAAUUGUUUAAUAUUCGAUUAUCUGAAUAUUCCAUCGGUAUCUUUUCUCUUGAUUUCAAUAAGCAGUUUAUCAAUCGUGCAAUUUACUCAACUGCAGAUGGAAUAUGCACGAUAAGCAAAUCUUGAAUAAUUCAAUAAAGAUUAAUAGACAAGUUUAAAUAACGGAUAAAGAAAGGCAACAAAUUUUCCUUCUUCAUAAACUCUUUUAUUUUUUAUUCUUUUCAUUGACGUUGGAAGUUUGUGUAUUAAAUGCAGAUUUAUUCAUCUGAUGAUAUAUGAUGUAUCGCGAUCAGGAUCUCUCGGUAUCCUUCGUCUUGACUUCCUGAUGCAGCAUUCACAUUCCUGAUUGUACACCGCCAUGUCACUAGCUUAUGGCAUAAACAUGCUUUUGCAUAGAUAUGGAUUUCAUGAGAAAAACACGUUUUAACUAAUGCGAUAACGCCGAGAGUCCAGUUGAAUAUUUUAAGAGCUGGCGUACGGAAUAUUUUAUAAAUGUAAUGUAACACUCGGCACACACUCGGAAAAAUACGCUUCGCGUAACAAUACACAAAAUAAAGGGCAAAAACAGCCUACGUCAUCCCGCGUGAAUCGUUAAUCGUCACGUCAUCACUGAACGAUCCAGUGAUAAUAACAAUUGUCACUUUCAAAACAUCGUGGACCUUCAAGGCGGAUCAAACCGGUCUUUGCGCGUCGCGUACCUUCGCUGGAUGUUUCCAGUAUAUUUCGAGCCAGCGAGCGAUGCGCAUCUCGCGGGCAUCCGCGUUUUCGUUUCCCUCGGGUAAUCAAAACAUUUUGUUGACUCGCGGAAUACUUAAUCAGGCUCUCAUCAUCGGCAUCGCGUGAUUGAACACGUGUAUUCGCAGUCAAAUCUCACAUACGCGAGUGUCAGUGUUAGUGCCGGCGCACUACGACGAAGCAGUCACGACGCUGAAUCGGGAAACCAGGAAUGAAGGACGCGGGCAGCGAUACAUCAUACAUUUCCAAGAAACAAACGGCCUGAGGAUGCUGGAGCUGGUGGUGCCGGAGCACGUGGUGCGCGGGCAAAAUAUACGUCUCGAGUGCAACUUUAAUCUGGACGGCGAAACCUUGUACUCGGUCAAGUGGUACAAGGACGGUAACGAGUUCUACCGAUACGUACCCCAGGACAAGCCACCUGUUCUGGUGUUCCCCCUGCCGGGUGUCACCGCGAAUAUUCACAACUCCACUGAGCGGUCGGUCGUCCUUCAAUCCGUGAACCUCAUGAGUACGGGCCGCUACAGAUGCGAAGUUUCGGCGGAGGCGCCAUCCUUUCAAACCGUUUCCGACCACUCGGAUAUGCUGGUAGUCGCCCUGCCGGAGGAGGGGCCCAUUAUCACGACGCGACCCGGGAAACAUCGUUAUCAAGUCGGCGACGUCGUGCGGUUCAAUUGCACUUCGGCGAAGUCGAAGCCACCUGCCAUACUCAGCUGGUUCAUCAACGCCGACCCAGUCGACAUGCAGUUCGUGAAGGGGCCCCACGUCACCGACGCGGACCGGGAGGGUCUGAAGACUACCACGCUCGGUCUGGAGUUCCGUCUGCGCCCGAAGCACUUCAAGAAGGGAGACUUGAAGAUCAAAUGCCUGGCGAUGAUAGCGACCGUAUAUUGGAAAUCGAAUGAGCUCAGCAUAGAGGGUGAGAGGCCCCUGAAGAUGCCGGUAAUGGAGAGCAGGGAGACAAGGGCGCAAGGGCACACGCAUGCCGAGCAUAUCCUAGCGAGCGGAAGUAUAGCGUUAGGACCGUGUGCCGUGCUGAUCGUCGCGGGAUUACUGAUGCCGCGGUAAGGACCGAGGGUACACCUCCGCCCUCCGCCCUCUGUGCUCAUCUUCUAAGGCCUGGAAGCCACCCUCGUGUGACAUUAUUAUGUAAUAAAUUACCCACGUUGUUUAUAUUUUUUAUAAUUGCAAUUAGUGGAGUUAGAGACCACAUAACCGUAGGCAGACGACACACUAUCAAUACGUUAUCAUGGUAGACACCUCGAUCGAACGCGAGGAGUUUCCGUUUCCUUCGCGAGCGAGGAGGCGCUGCUGAUCUGUCCCUCUUUUUUUCUCCCGUUCGUCGGAAAUUCCCACGUUAAUUUUCGCGUUGUGCGUUAAAUUAC